GGCACGAAUACAGCCCUCAGGGACGUGGGAGGCCGAAGGCCGUGGCUGUGGAAGCCCCUCAGGUUAUCCUUGUGGCCUUGCUUACAUAGUUUCUUUACCCACUCGAUGUGCACAACAGAAUUUUCCAUGGCUCACCCUCUGCGGUGGUGGGAGUACAUUCCAGAAAGAGACACACCAGAGAACUGUGGCGAAGGAGAGGAAUUCAAACUUACAGGGAGAGUUUGGGGAAGGGGGGCGGAUACGAGGCCGACCAGCUUCCCUGCAAAGGCCCCCGGGGCGGAACAGCAGAAGGGGGAGCGCUUCCGAAGGACCCCGCCGCCGCCAUCCCGCCCCUCGCUCCCCUUCCCGCCUCCCGGGAGGGCCCGCUCCGCCUGCCUGAGUCACGGCUGGAGCUGGGGAGGAGCCGGGGAAAGGAGGCCCCAGCCCAGAGUGCAGCCCGCGGCCAAAGGGAGAGCAGGCAGGACGGUCGGGGAUCAUGGGGGAGAGCGCGCUGGAGCCGGGGCCUGUGUCCGCAGCAACGGCGGGGGGCCCGGUGCACGCCGUGACGGUGGUGACGCUGCUGGAGAAGCUGGCCACCAUGCUGGAGGCGCUGCGGGAGCGGCAGGGGGGCCUGGCUCGGAGGCAGGGCGGCCUAGCGGGCUCUGUGCGCCGCAUCCAGAGCGGCCUGGGCGCGCUGAGCCGCAGCCACGACACCACGAGCAACACACUGGCGCAGCUGCUGGCCAAGGCGGAGCGCGUGGGCUCGCACGCGGAUGCCGCGCAGGAGCGCGCGGUGCGCCGCGCGGCCCAGGUGCAGCGGCUGGAGGCCAACCACGGGCUGCUGGUGGCGCGCGGGAAGCUCCACGUCCUGCUCUUCAAGGAGGAGGCCGAAAUCCCAGCCAGCGCCUUCCAGAAGGCGCCAGAGCCCUUAGGCCCAGCUGACCAGUCCGAGCCCGGCCCAGAGCAGCCCGAGGGUGAAGUUGAGGAGAGCUCGGACGAGGAGCCCGUGGAGUCCAGGGCCCGGCGGCUGCGGCGCACCGGGCUGCAGAAGGUACAGAGCCUGCGAAGAGCCCUGUCCGGCCGGAAAGGCCCUGCAGCACCAACGCCCACGCCGGUCAAGCCACCUCGCCUUGGGCCUGGCCGGAGCGCUGAUGGCCAGCCGGACGCCCGGCCCAAGCUGGAGCCCAAGCUGGAGUCAGAACCUCCACAGGACACCGAGGAAGAUCCCGGGAGACCUGGGGCAGCGGAAGCCGCAGUGCUUCAAAUAGAGAGCGCAGCCUAAUGGCCGGUGCCUCUCCGGUGCCUAUGCCCAGUCCCAAAAUAAAUCUCCCUUUCAGAAUGCAGCCUUCACACCCAAAUAAGGAGUGAAUCCUGCAUCCACAGCCCCGCUCUGACUUGCCUCUCCCAGUUCCUUCAGGCUAGACUGUGUCCUCUGAGAGAGGAGCAGCCACUCUAACCUGCUUGCCCUCACUGUCAAUAAAAGUAAUGUCACCUAA